CUCUUUUGACCUUUUGGUUUCGCUUCCGUUCACUGUUUGUAAACAUUGGUGAGCGUGGCCACUGGGCCAGGGAGGGAGCGCAACCACUGAAUUCCAUUGGAGAUGAUUCAAGGGAACAAGAAUAUUGUGUUUUUGUAAGCUACAAGGAUUUUGUGUUGAAAACUGACACUCUUUAACCAUGGGUGAAGAGGCCACCAAAGCAGGAAAUAACAUUAACACAAAGAGUCUGGAACUUAUUGAUAGAAAAAAAGCAUCAGUUGUGCGUGUGAUAGAACAGCUGCAGACAGAUACUCAAGAGUCUUGCAGCCAAAUACCAGUGCCUUUCCUAACAUGCAAAACAACUUCAGCUGAGGAUCGAGCAGAGUCAGCAUUAUUUGAUAUGCUAGCAGAAUUUCAAAAGCUGAUCCACCAUCGCCUUUACUUCAGUCCUCGUUUGGAGUACCUAUACGCUACACAGAUGGCAGCUUUAAUCGGCAGAAUAUCGAACUCAGGAGAAAGUGUCAGUCGCCUAGAGAACUGCCUCCUGGAGAUGCAAUCUAAUAGGGAAGAGAGCCUCCAGACAAGGACAGAUGUUAUCUCUUCACUUAGAAAACGAUUGGAAGAAUUUAAUACAGCUGAAGAGGAGAUGGUCAAUAGUUGCAGGACAGCAUCACGUGAAGAAUAUGAUGAAGUACGAGAAUCAAGCAAAAUAACCCUAGAUGACCUAAAGACUGACCUAGAAAAAAACAUUUCGGCAAUGGUUUUGCAUGGAGCAAGACACGAAGAAUUGGAACUUCAACUCAGAAAGAAAAGGCAAGACUUGGAGGAUCAAAUUAUGCUCCAGAUCCGGAAGUAUGAUGCCACUAUGAGCAGUUUACAAACAACACUGGAUGGCUUAAGAACAGAAGACAGUCAUGUUACUCUCAUGCUUAAGAAGAAACGUCUUGAUUUUGAGGAAAUGGAGAAGAGAUACCAAGAUAUAGAAGCAGAGAAACAGAGGAAGGAGGAAGAACGGUUGGCUGCUAUGCAGAGAGAGUUCCGGCGUGAACAUGCAGCUAGAAUAAUCCAACGUGCUUGGCAACACUUCAAGAUGCGGAAGAUGCUUAAGAAGGCUCAGAGAAAACGAAAAAAGAAGUCAAAAGAUGUAAAGUGAAUAUCUUGAAUACAAAGAAGAUUUAUUAAGUGAAAUAUAGGUUUUGACACUUUAAUGUCAUUACACUAAAAUAAUUCAGUAAUUAUGUAUAUGUAAUUACUGAUGCUAGUCAAUUUCCAUUGAUUUCUUUUGAGAUAAAUAGAUAAAUAGAAUAAUUAGUAGUUAUUUAUCCUUUUGUAAUAUAUACAUGGAUGCAUGGAUGAAAUGUGUAAAAGACAAAAAA